AUGUAUAGUCUGUGUGUCACGACUUGGAAUUUCACCGAACGACAUUCCGCUGUUCCGCUGCGUGCGGUCGCGAAGCGUUUUUGCCUUUGCGAGCUUCGGUAGCCCUUUUUUUCGGUUAUCAUUGCUGGUAGAUAGACUGUUUCACUGGGAACACGUAAAAAUCAACUACUGAAAUAAAAGAAAAAAUUAGAAGCGCAACCGAGUUUUUUUUAAAGGCGAAGACGCUUCGCGACCGCACGCAGCGGAACAGCGGAAUGUCGUUCAGUGAAAUUCCAAGUUGUGGCACACGGACUAUAUUUCUCAGCAUUAUUUUUGUUCAAUUUACGAAUGAACAAUUCCUCAAUCAUUUCAUCAGUCGAAUUUCAGCACGGACACGGUUUUCGUGAGCAGCUAUGCCGAGGGAAUCGAAAAAGUUCGCAACAGCAAGGGAAAAUACGCCUUCUUGUUGGAGGAAACGACGAAUAAUUACGAAAGUGGCCGAAGGCCUUGUGAUACGAUGAAAGUUGGCCAGAAUUUGAACACGCUAGGCUAUGGAAUCGCGACGAAAAUCGGGAAUCCGUUAAGGUUUGCAAAAUGUUGAUUUCGGGGUUCAAUUUGUCAAUUUCACGUCAAAAAUGUCUCUUGUAAGUUUUUCCCGGCGAAGGUAGAUCAUGGUAACUAUCCAUGCGCUUCCAUAAAAGCCCCAUUUUAUUUCUUAUUUGCUUUUCUCUUAUAAUUCGUCGAUUUUAAGAAAAUGUAAAAACAAUGAGAUUAAUGUAAACAACAAAUAAAUUCAAUAGGAACAGAAAUAACUCACCAAAUAAGGCUCUUAUUAAAGGCGCAUGUAUGGCGGCCAUGACCUACCAUCGCCGCGCAAGUUAAACCGCCCGUUCGCUGUCUCAAGCUAGCAGUGAACGGGCUAUAUCUUGAGAAAAUAUUCUAUACGACUGUCUUAAUUUUUUUCAACCAUUUUGAAAGAAAUUUGCAGGAUGUCAUUGAACCUGGCGAUUCUCUACCUACAAGAAAAGGGAGAACUGAAACGGCUAGAGAAUAAAUGGUGGCUCGAUCAUGGACAGUGCGACACGGGAAUUUCGGUGAGAAGUUGUCGAAAAAAAAGACGGUACUUUUUUUUUCAGGAAGGCGGCAACAGUUCCUCCUUGAACUUGUCCAAAGUGGCAGGAAUCUUCUACAUUUUACUCUCCGGAAUGGUUAUUUCGAUGCUGACGGCCCUUAUUGAGUUCCUCAUUCGGAAGAGCAAGGAGAAGCGCGAGAAGGAAAAGGUUCUUUAAAAAUUAUUCCGAAGUACAAUUUUUUGUGAAGACUCGACAACGGUCCGUUCGUCCGGCAGUCCAACUAGCGGUCCAAAAGACGGCUCGAAGGUCGAAAUCUGAGGACAAUACUCGACUUUCAACCCUUUUCUGA